AAGUGGUGCAUGGUGUCAUUUCCAAAGUGAGGCCUGUAGGUUUUAUCUCUAUGACUAAAGAAAAAGGCCCUUGAGUGGUAAGAAGAUCCCAAUAUUGAGCCAAAAUUAAAUUCCUGUCACUUGGAAACCCUCUCUGCAGCUUCUUAUCAGAUCUGCACCCUCCCUCUUCUCUGACAGGCAGUCAAUAUUCCUCCAGGCUCACACCCCACCUCUCACAUACUCACCUCUCCCUCCUGGUCUGCCACAUUAGUCCGCAUCUCUCAACACAUUCAGACACAGAGCUGAAGAUGUCCUGGACGUCUGCAGCCCUCCUGGCUCUCCUCUCUGUGCUUCUGGCACUUUCCUUGUCUCCAGAGGCCGACUCUGCAGCUGUGCCCAGCAGCAGCACAAGCGGCGCUAAACAUCCACGAGGUCCGCUGAGGAAGAUCUUCUUAAAGGAGGCAGAUGCCUCAAACUUCUUCAGGAGACGCAGCAGACGGGGAGCAAAGUCUCAGGAUGAGAUUAACACUGAGCAGAGGCUGAUGCUGGCCGCAGAUGAACGAAAGAGAGAGUUCCACGAGGAGAAGAGGAACGAGUUUGAGAGCUAAGCUGAAGAGGAGCAUGAUGAGCAAAACGAGAGGAGCAGAGAGAGCACCGAGCAGUGGAGGGAGUUUCACUACGACGGAAUGCAUCCCCCACACGAGUACAACCGUCAGUCCAUCUGAGACAGAGGGGAGAGGUGGUGCAGUAAGAGUUUAUAGGAACACCAGUGAGGCCUUUGUCCUCUGACGAUGACAGCAGAGACAUCAGCCACAGACUACUACAGCUAACUUUUGAAUUAAUAAACAAUAUGUAGAAAGGUGCUGAAGUGCCUUUUCCUUUCCUUGCAUUUAAUGACGGUGACACAGUGCAUAAAAGAUAACCAUAAAUCAUUGAUAUUAGACACAAUAAAGAAACAUUGAGUGUUGUA